GCACGAGUUUGACACCACUGACAUGGUGGCAGUGAUUAGAACACAUUUAAAAGCAUGCGUCAAUAUGAAAUUUCAUCAGUACAGAGUCCUCGGUUUUAUUGAGGUGAUUCCCUGGUCGAUGGCCGAUUAUCUGAAUGUGUCUCGAGGUUUUGAGCCUCAGCGUGACCCUGGUGACCUUCACUACUAUGGCCAGAUCCCCGCUCUCAACGACUGUGUCUACAGAUACAUGUAUCGCAGCAAAUAUGUGGCCCUGCACGAUAUGGAUGAACUCAUUCUGCCUCAAACAGUGGACAGCUGGAGGGAGCUGCUGCCUCUGUUGGAGCUGAAUUACGGCGUUGACUUCUGCUACAAAUUUGAGAACUACGUGUUUCCCAACACGUUCAAGUUGCCUCCUCCAACCCCGCAACCUCGUCAUCACCUGCCAGAAAAAUGUUGCCCCAGCUGGCAAAGUGUAUCUGGGGUUAACAUCCUGGAGCACCUGUACCAUGAACCUGACAACUUCAUGAGGUACAGCAACCACAAGAUCAUUGUCAACCCCAGAGUGGUGUUCGCCCCCACCGUCCACGGUGUGCUGAAAUCAGAGAAGGGCUGUACGUGGGUUCACAAAAGCUUCGCACGGAUGUACCACACAAGGCCUCCAGCGCUGAGAGAUUUGACAGCAGACCAGCUGGUUUAUGACGACCGACUGCUCGGCUACAGCGCUCGCCUCAUUCUCGCUGUCAAUGCUGUGCUCCAAAAGGCUGGACUCAUUCAGGAGGAAAGCACACAAUAACUGGGAGUGAGUGUGUGUGUGUGUGUGUGUGUGUGUGUGUGUGUGUGUGUGUGUGUGAGUGUGUGUGAGUGUGUGCCACGCCUACCUCCAAAAAUGGACACCAGAGAAAAUGGACAAAAAAUGCACAUGUGUCUGUCACUGCAUGGGACACCACCAAUACCAAAGAAAAAGACAAUCAAACAAUGCAAAUGCCCCUAAAACAGGAUUUGUCCACACUGGUAUCUUUCACUUCUGACAGGUGGCGGCCACAGAACUUGAACUGGAGAAGAACGGACUUUGCUGUUCAGUGCAACAAAGCGUGGCGGCCAUUUUUAUGUGAAUUGUUGCCAUUGCCACCGUUGCACAGGGCACACCUCCAUAUUUCACUUGGUGGAAUACACAUUAACAAUUAACGUUUAUUCACUGCAGCACAAUAUACCUUCUCAAGCCAAUGUGCCACACUUUACCGCCCUAAAUGUCCGUUGUCACUGUAGCAACUAACCAUAAUUGCCAUUAUAUUCUGGACUAACCAAAUGACCACACCAAACUGUGCCAUGUCCACUCCAUUCAAGUUCUGUGGUGACGGCAUUAUUCAUGGGAUGCAUCAUGCUUACUGGUGUGUGUGUGUGUGUGGUUGUAUUUCUAUUCUACACAGGGUCGAAUAUCCUCACAGGGAUAGAAAUAUGAGAACAUUGGUUUAGAAUUAAUGUUACACUAUGUAGUUUGUGACCGCUAGUGGCAUUUUUAGUACCUCAGGUCCCCAUAUUGUUUGCAUACCUCCUUCUUCCAGUGCAUCAUAUUCCAGAAUAAGCUUUAAAGGUGUCUUUUAAAGGAAUAUUCCAAUGUUUUGGGA